CCCUCCUUCCCUCCCUUCUUCCCUCGUGCCCCGCCUCGCCUUCGCGGGCGCACCUGAACCGGAGCAGCAUCGCGGACGAGGCAGCGGCAGCCGGAGCAGCCCCGGCAUCCGCCUAUGGGGCAUGGAGGCGGCGGCGGCGGAGGAGGAGAAGGAGGAGGGGAGCAGCAGCAGCAGCAGCGGCCCACACGCGUCCCCGGCCAUCCUGCGGGUCAACCUCGCCGUGGAAGAGAGCAACGUCCUGCCGGGCGCUCUGCAGCUCAUCCGAAAGCUGAGACCGCAAUGGGAGAGCCAGCGGGUCAGAACCAAGGUCUUCACUGAAGGCAUCACCAACAAGCUCAUGGCUUGCUUCAUGGAUGAGAACAUGAAAGACGCAGUCUUGGUACGGGUGUACGGCAGGAAGACAGAGCUGAUUGUGGACCGAGCAAAUGAGCUGCGAAAUUUCCAAGUGCUUCAAGACCAUGGCUGUGCCCCUAAUCUCUACUGCACCUUUGAGAAUGGCUACUGCUAUGAGUUUGUGCCAGGGAAGGCCCUGGGGCCAGAACAUAUCCGACAGCCAAAUAUGUUCAGACUAAUAGCCCAGGAAAUGGCUAAAAUGCACAGGAUCCAUAACAAUGGGAGUCUCCCCAAGCCAUGCCUAUGGCACAGACUUUAUAAGUACUUUAACCUCGUGAAAACAGAGUUUACCAGAAAGUCAUCAAAUCCCAGCCUCCAUCAGGAAAUGCACAUUCCCAGUCUAGAGGUCUUAGAAGAAGAAAUUCACUGGAUGAAAGAGCAUCUCUCCCAGCUUCGAUCUCCAGUAGUCUUUUGCCACAAUGAUCUUUUGAGCAAGAACAUCAUCUACAACAAAGAAGAAGGUCAUGUCCGGUUCAUAGAUUAUGAAUACACUGGCUACAACUAUCAAGCAUAUGACAUUGGGAAUCAUUUCAAUGAAUUUGCUGGGUUGAAUGAGGUAGAUUACAGCCUGUAUCCAAGCAAGGAGGUUCAGAUCCAGUGGCUGAGAUACUACUUGCAGGCCUACAAGAAACUAGGCCAAGAGGGCCAAGAAGAAAGAAGUGGAAUUGUGCAUGAAGAAGAACUGGAGAGCCUCUAUGUGCAAGUGAACCAGUUUGCUUUAGCCUCCCAUUUCCUGUGGGCUUGCUGGGGAUUGAUUCAAGCCCGAUUCUCUACCAUAGACUUUAAUUUUGCCAGGUAUGCGGACAUAAGAUUUAAACAGUACUUUAAAACAAAGCCUGUGGUGGCAUCCCUAAAAAUGUGAAAAGUGAGGUUGAAGUCUAAAAUAUCUUCUGGUACUUGAGAUUCCAAUCCUUAUUUUCUCUGGUGUAGAGCACCUGCCAUCCUGUCCUCCUGAAGUUGCUUCAAUGCUAAGUGGUCAGACAUCAUGAAACAGGGACGGAAAAGGAAAGCACACCUUCUAUGAAGCCAAAAAAGAAAAAGAAAAAAUUAAAACAAGCCUCCUCAAACAUGGCUGUGCCAUUCAUGGAUUUGCUGCCACAUGUUUUUAGAAAGUGAUGUUAUGACAUGGCUGCUGAAGAGAGAUUUUAUUCACAGCCCCUGGGGUAUUAAGAGCUGAUUCAAGUGCCUCUUGGCUUAAAAAGUGGGUGGCAGAGAUGGCAAGUAGCUUGUUUGGAGAUUUGUGUAGCUUUAAAGGUCAAAAGCAGCUGAAAUACCUUCUGUUCCUUGGUUGGGAGAAUCCAUGGCUUGUACUCUUUUGACCUUAAGUGAAAAUGUUGAAUGUUUGCAUCUCUUUCCCAUCAUGAGUUCCCUGUCUACACAGAGAGACAAAAUCACCACUCCACCUUCAGUUUCUUUUAAGAGGUUUACUCAAAGAACCAGCAACAAAUUCUUUGUUUGCCCAACAAUGAUUUUUCAAAGAUAUAAAGGCAGCAGGAAAGCCCCAGACAUGAAAGAAAUAUGUGUCAUUUGGUCAAGGUAUUAGCUGAUGGAGGAGCACCCUUGGCCAUUAAAAAGAUGUAGUCUACACUGCAAGGGUUACAAUCACAGUUUUGGCAUGUACAUGUAAAUGGUAAAUGUCUGAGAAUCAGUGGAAGCUCUAAGCACCUUUGGUUCAAGCUUGAGUACUUUAAAGGGGGCAACCUGUAAUAAGUAAAACCCUACUAGAUGGGAAAAGACACAGACACACACAGCUGUAAUUUUAGGGGAGAAAAGAAGAGGCUGUAUCAAGUUUACUCAAUACUCAAUUAUCACAGUAGAUGUGUGGAAUAUAUUCACAGGUCUCCCCAAUUUUAGUUCACUGCCAGUUUAGUGCAGCACAACAAUGGCUGUAUUACUGCAAAAGAAUUUAUCACAUUCCCCUAUAGCAUUGUGCCAUUCAGUAUUUUGAGCAUGUGACAUGACUUAUUUCCCCAUGAGACCGGAACAGCUAUUAAAAAUGAUAAUUUGUACGUAUAGCCAUGCAGUUAGUGGAGAAAACCAAGCCAGGGGAAGUCUCACAGCGGAGUUCUUGACCCAGGAUGGCUACCUGUUGAAUGAAUGUUUCACUGAGAGUUUAGCAUCACACUGAAGAAGUUAAUGGUUUCAUUUAAAAUGUCAGUCCUGUGGCAGACUAGUGUAGAGAAGCCGAGAAGAAGGCCUGAACUCCCCUCAGCACCUGGCCUUAGUUUGUAAAUAGUCGUUUUAGUCCUUAUUAUUUCUAGAUUGUUCAAAACAAAACUGGAACCAACUUGAAACAUUCCAUAUGAACUGUGAACAUCUCACAUGGUGCUUUGCCUCACAAGAAGGCCAUUUGGGUUCUUUCGACAAGAGUCCCAAACCUAUGCCCACUUUGUACAAGUUCUCCAGUCAAUAUGAGGAGAACGUGGCUUCUCGCAAACCCUGGGCAUCCUGCUUUUUUCCAGUAUGGUGGAAAAAAGAAUAGGGGAGGCACUGUGGGAAUGGAGAGUGCAGUGUUCCACUUUUGGGUCUAAGCUAUGAUUUGAGUCAAUGUAGUGUAAAGGUACUAAAGAAUAUUUUACUACCUAUGUAUAUUUUUUCCUCAUGAGCUUUUAUUAUGUUUAGUCAAGAACCUACAAUCUUUCACUUCUUGAUGUUUUUGCUGUUUAGUAGGGUCUUAACUAUCGUCAGUGAUCAUGUUUUCAAUGAAUAUAUGCUCUGAAACAAAGAUAGAAAGUCUCCUGCAGUCUUUUAAUUAGAUGUGCUAUUAUAAUUAAUCUCCUAACCAGCCGCUCCAAUGAUCUUAUUUCCUGUGGUUUCUCUGCACUGGAUGUACCUGGUAUCAUUAAGCAUCACCUAGAAAUUGUCUCUACACAAGAUAGAGACCUGUUUUCCCAUUAGUUAGAAAAGCCAAAAAAAGCAAAGUUAGAGGAAAUGGUACGUGUCCAGGUAUUGAAUAUACCGCUCCAACAUGAUUGGCUAGCCUGCCAAGGGAUGGUGGGAGUUAUGGGCAAAAGCAUUUUGAAAGCCAAAAGCUCCCCACCCCUGGUAUAGAAGCUGGAUUUGGGAUUAUGUGAAAAUACAUUGCAGGGCUUUUUAAAAAAGAGCUCUCCCUUCUUAACCUGGAAUAUUAAAUGUUUAACAUGU